AUGUCUUCUUCUUCCCCUUCAACUUCCUCCUUCAAACAAAAUUACGUCAAUUUCAAUCAUCCUUAUCAAUAUGAUAGAAAUUUGAAUAUUUUGAAUGAUUACAGUCAAUUAAAUGAAAAAUCUAAUUGGGAUAAGCAAUUUGAUCAAUUCAAUAAUCAUCAACCUGUUGACAUUCAACCUUCUUCACCAAAUGAUGAUUUAGCUAAAACUGCUGCAGAUUUAAUUGACACUGUUCAGCCUCAUAAACUCGAAAAAUUCAAAAAUUCAAACUUUUUCUCCUUGAUGAAUGGUUUAGCAACAGGUAAGACUCAAUUAGAUCAAGAUCAAUUUGUUGAUAACAACAUAUCUGACUGGUCAACUUCAUUCAUCGAUAGUCAACAAACUAAUCAACACGCUCAUCAUAAUCAACAAAUUCAACAAACUCAAACCUCUCAAAAUCAGCAGUUCAACCCCUCCAUCUUAAACGCACCUCCUCCUUACCACAAACUUUUCGGUAUGUUCGACUCACCUUCGCCUACAUCUGCAACCAACAAGGAAUCUCUUCAAGAUGGUAGCCUUGAGCAAGGUAGUGGUUCUGCCACUGGUGUGAGAGGUCCACAAGAAAUUGAAUGGGAUAACUUUAUUACUACUUUGGAUUCUUUGGAUUCUACUAACUCGCAGUAUCUCACCUCAAAUCAUGUUAGCAGUGCACAUUCUGAUCUAAACCAUUCACUUCAAAACCCUAAACAAUGGUAUCAACUUGGUAUGUCUCAACAAGAAAAUGAAAAUGAACAUGAAGCUAUACCCGCACUACUCAAAGCUGUUGAAUUGGAUGACAAGUUUGAGAAUGCUUGGCUAGCUCUCUCGAUUAGUUACACAAAUGAAUCAAAUAAAGUUGAAGCUAUCAAUGCAAUUAAGAAAUGGUUAAUUGCCAAAAAAAUUAAUCUCAACUCAAUUGAUUACUCAGAUAAAGAUCAUUUCCAUUUAAUUCAAAUACUCUGCCAAAUGAUCAGAGACAAUAUCAAUCAAGACCAAAUUCAACCAGAUCUACAAGUAGCACUGGGUGUACUCUUCAGUCUCAAUGAAGAAUAUGACAAAUCCGACUGGUUAUUGCUUAAUAGAUUAGGUGCAACCCUCUCAAAUAGUGGUAAAUGUCAAUCCUCACUUGAAUACUAUUAUCGUGCAUUGGAAUUACAUCCAACUUACGUUAGAGCAAAGUUCAAUCUUGGUAUAGCAUUGAUGAACAUCAGGGACUUUGAAGAAGCUAUUCAACAAAUACUCUCUGCUGUUGAUAUACAAUCUCAAGGUAAUCAAGCCGAUAAGAGUAGCCAAUUUAAUAAUAAUAUGUGGGAUACCCUUAAGAAUUGCUUGCUGCAAAUGCGCAAAAGUGAAUUAAUUCAAUUGUGCAACGAGAAAGACAUUGAUGGAUUUAGAAGACAUUUCAAUUUCUAA